AAGAACUUCGCAAACAAGUAGAAGUGAUUACUGGCGAUGUUUUGGUCAAAGAAGACGUGGACAAGGUCGUCGAGGGCAGAGACGCGAUUGUCGUGACUUUGGGAACCAGAAAUGACUUGGCUCCUACCACAAUAAUGUCCGAAGGGUUGAGAAACAUUUUAUCAUCGAUGGAAAAGAACAAUGUGAAAAUCGUAUCUGUGUGCUUAUCCACCUUUUUAUUCUACGAUAAGCCCAAAGUGCCAGCAAUGUUCCACGGGAUCAAUGACGAUCACGAGCGAAUGUUGCAUUUGCUACAGGCAGCCGAAUCUCUGGAUUGGAUUGCUGUGAUGCCACCACAUAUUGCCGGCACUCCGUCAGGCGAUUACAGCGUGGAAAUCGGCUCAUCUCCCGGUCGUGCCAUAUCUAAAUAUGAUCUCGGAAAGUUUAUGAUUGAAUGUUUAUCUAAACCCGAUUACUAUAAGCAGAGAUGCGGUUUGGCAACCAAAGUACCAGCUCCAUGAACUAAUAUUUUUACAAAAAAUAAAAAUGGAAUCAAAAUCUUAGGGCAAAAUGGUAAUCAUAAUAUUACAAUUACUCAAAAAUAUGUAACGGAAUAGAUAAGGAAAUAUUUAAUAUAUAUAUUAAAAAUUUGUUGAUGGAAUUUGAUAUUAAUUAUACUAUUAUAUAAUUAAAUUUGUUUAUUGGUUAGUAA